AUGGUGGAUAAGGAUGGUUGGCACUUCACAAAGAAUGGGAAAUAUUCGGGCAAGUCAGGAUAUCAGUUAGAACGGGUAUAUCCGGAUAAGGCAAAACCACCAGAGUUUUAUGGACCCACGGUGGAUAGUCUAAAAGCGUUCUACUGGAACGUGAGAUGUCCUCUGAAGAUUAGACACUUUUUAUGGCAAAUGGUAUCCGGAUGUAUUGCUGUUAAGAAGAAUUUGCAAGCAAGAGGAAUAAGGGGAGAUAUUUGUUGUGCUAGAUGUGGAGCUGAGGAGGAAUCAAUAAACCAUGUGUUCUUUGAGUGCCCUCCUGCGCAACAAGUUUGGGCCUUGUCAAAGAUACCGUUAAACCCAGUUUACUUUCCUACUAGCUCGCUCUUUACGAAUAUGGAUCACCUCUUUUGGAGGGUACUCCCGAAGAUGAAGGAUCAUCAUUUUGCGUGGUUAUUAUGGUAUAUUUGGAAAGGAAGGAAUAAUAAGGUGUUCAGUAAUUUGGAUAUUGACCCAAGGGAGACAAUUAAGCUUGCGGAAACCGAAUCAACGCUUUGGGCGGAAGCUCAGGUGUUGAAGACAAAACAGCUAACACAACAGGGUGAGGGUUUGCACCGUCAGCUGAGGGUAGGUCGUUGGUGCUUUAUAAAUGGUUCCUGGAAAGACAAAGAGCCUUACUCAGGCCAAGGAUGGUAUAGUACACUCGAGGGAUUCCAGGAGGAAUGGCCGGCGUUUGAGAGUUACCGGCACGAUAUAACGAUACUGAAGACAAGUUUUAUUAGCUCAGAGAUCAUUCAUGUACCCCGGACAGAGAACAAAAAGGCGGAUAGCCUAGCACGAUGUGCAAGGAAACAAUCGUCUUUCGUCGUUCACAUGGAUGUGGAACUACCAGUUUGGUUCGCAGAGUCUAUAUGA